GAAACGGCAAAUAACCGGAUCACAGCCUGUUCCGAGAUUUUUGAUUGGCUGUCGCUAAAGAGAGUGGGGUAUUAUUACGAGAAUUUGUAGUAGAAGGUAGGGGUUGCUGAAUGAGUAGCGGAACGCUCAGCCUCCUGACGCACUUGGUCGCAUCCACCCCAACGGAUAACCGGCAAACCGUACAGCCGUGCGGUUUCGCAUCUGAGCCGCGAAACCACCCCGUAUUUACUCCGAGAGUGUAUGCCGAGGAAAGCGUAAAUCGAACGAACGAACGAACGAUAGUGGCAUAUUCCAAAGUUUUUUGCGAAUACGAAAUUAGAAUGGAAACAGUUUCUAAAUUGCUCCGAGUAUUGAUACUCAACAUAUUGUGGGCAAUAACCAGUUAUGCGGCGCCGCUGUUAGACACAAAGGACAUUUGGAGUCAAAAUGUUUUCGCACCUGUAAUCAAGGCAUGCUCUUCUGACGGACAAUGCUGGGGAUGGUUACCGAUAUUGGAAACGCAUGAUGGCAAUGUCAUAUUAAAAGAAGAUAGCGAUAUCUCAAGAUUGCAAUCUCGACGCCACGUAGCAAGUCCGGUAUCUGAAUUUAUGUUGACAUCAUGGAAGGAUAAUACGUUAGAAGAGCCGGGACGGGAGAUUCGAGCAUCUUUGUCAACAAACAAACAGAUACCUAUUAAAAUCACAAAGAAAGAUGUAUUUGUAUCUCGUAAUUGGGGUGCCGGCGGCAUGCCUUUCUCUGUUUUGUACAUGAGUCCGCGAUCGAAUCAUGCUGUUGCAACAUCGACGACUCAACGACAAGAAUCUAGCGCAACAACCGAGAGUUUGACGUCUUUCGCAGAACAUUCGAACUCGCGCGUUGGUUCACGAAAUGGUCAAUCUACCACACAACCAAGAAAACAAUAUUGGACCAUACCACAGCUGUUUAUAUCAUACGGCUGGGGUUCCAUUGGAAAAUAAAAACAAGUAACAAUGAUGUAUAAUGUUGAGGAUGAUAGACAUAUCACAUGAAGAAAAAUGAGAAAGAGAGAAAUUAAUUUUCACGAUAGAAAUAGCUAAUGAAUGCAGAACAAUUGUUAAGUUUUAUUGCAACUGUAAUGCAUUUUGAUUAAA